AUGUCGCGCGAGAUUGACCGGCUGGCUCAGCCAGCAGAGAAAAAAAAGAUGCGACUCAUCGUCGCUAGCUGCAGUCGAACAGGCACACUGGGACUCCAUGCAGGGCAGAAGCCUCAUAUGAAGGUGUUCACAGAGGCAAUAAUUGCCAACCACAACCAACUCUCGGGAAUCAAGCGAUACGAAACACCAGACGUGGAGAGGUGGGUAGGAAACUAUGAUUGCUUGAUGGAAAUCCCAAGUUACAUCGGGAGUAGGGCCAUAAGAGGAUAUAUUGAAGACCCCGACGUGAAGUUUAUAGUAACCGAGCGCACGCCUGAAAAAUGGGUCAAGUCAAUCGACAAUACUAUUGGGGAAGCUGUAAAGGCAGCAAACCAGUUUCCACUGAAUAUCCUGAAGCGCUUUGACUCCGAACUCGGCCAUUUCCUCCACCUCGCCACGGUAAUGUACUGGGCUUAUGCGGAUGGGGGUAACCCAGGUGAUGCCAACAGCGAAGCUGCUCUCUAUAAAAACUAUGUCGAGUAUAUUCGGACUAUCAAGGAAACACUUCCCAGUGAUAGGCUGCUAGUGGUGAAGCUUGAGGACGGUCUGGGCUGGGAACAGAUCUGUCCGUUUUUGGACCUUCCAAUCCCCGAGGAAAAGUAUCCUCGUGGUAAUGAACCCGACAAGUUCCACAGGAUUGUUGCGGACUAUAUGGAACCCAGAGUGAAGGCAGCUAUGCUGAACCUCGGUGCAACGGGCAACGAAGUCGGCACUGGAUUCUGGCAGGCAAUCUCGGACGAGCAUGGACUGGACAAUUCUGGAAGGUUUGCUGGUUCUGAUGACCAACUUGGAAAGCUAAAUGUCUACUUUUCAGAGACGGAAGCACAGGAAUAUGCCCCUCGUGCAGUACUGCUCGACUCAAAAACUGAGACUAGGGACAGAAUCUGUACGGGUCCUCUUCGCACCUUCUUCCGCCCUCGUAACCUUCUAUUCAGAGGCUAUGGUGCCGGUCAAUGUUGGGCAACAGGCUAUCACACUGCCGGCGCCGAGCUUAUCGACGAUUCUCUUGAUAUUGUGCGCCGCGAGGCUGAGGCAUGUGAAUGUCUGCAAGGCUUUCAGAUCACCCACUCCUUAGGUGGAGGAACGGGAGGCGGUAUGGGCGUACUGUUGAUCUCAAGGUUACGCGAUGAAUUUCCCGAUACAAUGAUCGCAACCUUCUCUAUCUUCCCCCCACUCGCACCCGAUGUCGUUGUCGAGCCCUACAACGUAACUUUGUCAAUGAAUCAGCUGAUUGAAGAUUGCGAUGCAACUUUCUGCAUUGACAAUCAGGGCAUUCUGGAUAUGUCCACGGGAACUCUGGGGUCACGCGGUCCUUCUCAAAAGGAGCUGAAUCCCCUAAUCACACAGGCUUUGUCCGGUGUUACAGCUUGUUUUCGCUUUCCCGGGCAGCUCAAUUCGGACCUGCGCAAGCUCACAAUGAAUAUGGUGCCAUCUGCUCGACUACACUUCUUCAUUCUUGGGUUGGCUCCUCUGCCCAGCUAUACUUCCCCGUCCUCCAUCAGUGUACCGCAGAUCAUUCAGCAGCUAUUCAGUGCAAGCAAUAUAAUGGCUUCUGGGGACCAUCAGAUGAGCCAUUUCCUGUCAUCCUUGGCCAUUUUCCGCGGCAAGAUCAAUAUGGCUGAAGUCGAAGCGCAAAUGGAUAAUCUACAGAGCAACACGUCCGCUGAGUUUAUCGAAUGGGUUCCCACUAACAUUCGAUCAACUGUGUAUUUGCCUCGUAGCCUUGAUGUGUCAUGCACCCUCUUGGCCAACUCCAGAUCGAUUCAGGGAGUGUUAAAUCGCAUCAGUGAGCAGUUUGGCCAAUUGUUCAGGCGCAAGGCCUAUAUGAACCCUUAUACCAUGAAUGGAAUGGAUGAGCUUGACUUUGUGGAAGCUGAGUCAAACUUGAGUGAUUUGAUCGAAGAAUACCAGCAGUGUCAGGGUGGGCUAUUGGAUGGACAGGAUGUACGAGAAGCGUGA